AUGAAUCCCAAAUUAAUACAAAUGAGUUCAUCUCUUCUUUUAAUGUGCUUAUGCGAAGCACACAGUAACGAGAAAAAAAAUAAUAAUGGAUUUAUGAUUACAAAAUCGAAUCGAUUUCUAUCUGAACUCGAAAACAAUGAAGUAGGGGUAGAAGGAUAUGAGGAUCAACCAAUUUAUAAAGAGCAACCAGUCUAUGAGGACCAAUCAAAUUAUGAAGAUCAACCAAAUCAUGAAGUGUUUGCUAUAAGAGAUAAAAAUGGGAAGCCCGUCGAUAAAAAUAAUUUAAAAAAUAAUGUAAAAAUCGUUUUUUCCGAUUUAGAUGGAACAUUGUUAAAUGAUGACCAUAAAGUAUCCAAAUUAAAUAUAGAAAGUUUAGCAAAGGCACAAAAUAAAGGAAUAAAAGUAGUUAUUGCUACUGGUCGUCCAUUAUUUUCAGCUAAUUAUUUAAUAGGAGAAGAUAUGAAAAAAAAUAAUUUAAGUUUAAUGCCAGGAAUAUAUUUAAACGCCUGUACCACAUAUGGACCUAAUGGUGACAUAAUAAUUGAUAAUUAUAUAAAUAAAAAAUUAAUAAUGGAUAUAUAUAAUUUUUCAAAGGAAAACAAUUUAGUUAAUCGUAUGGUUUGGUAUAGUUCAAAAAAAACAUAUACGGUUGAAAUGAAUGAAUAUAUUGAUCAAUAUUUGACUCUUGAACCUAUAAUACCUGAUAUUAUUGAUGAAGAAACAUUAAAAAAUACAAAAAUAUACAAAAUUUUAAUUAGCUUAAAUGAAGAAAACUUGUCAAGUGUAUUUAAAAUGUAUCAAGACAAAUUUUCGGAUCAAAUUUCUGUAUCUAAUCCAAUUGGAACAUAUGUAGAAUUGUUUCAUUAUAAUACAAAUAAAUUUGAAGGUGUAAAAAAAUUAUGCAAAUAUUUCGAUAUAAGUUUAAAUGAUGCAUUAGCUAUAGGAGAUGGUGACAAUGAUAUAGAGAUGUUACAAGGCGUAGGAACUUCGAUAGCAGUACAGAAUGCUCCUAGUGAAACAAAGAAAAGCGCAAAAUAUGUAGCUCCAUCAAACAAUGAUGAUGCGGUAUAUCAUGCAUUACGAACAUUUUGUGGAAUUUAA